UGCCAAAAUACUUUCCGGUGUCGUCUUCGAAGGAUCAAUAACUUACUUUAAUCAGCAGAGGGAUCUGUACGCAUGCUCAGAGGUCCAGUUGUUCCAAGGCCUUGGGGAAAGUAAAAUUGGAAUUGGAUAUUGAAAAUACAUCUAUCAUUCCCAGUAGAAGCUCUACUAACAGUUUCUCAGCUUCUUCAGUUGUGGAUCGGAAACCACAGAGUGUGUGCUAAGGAACUUGAAUAGCAUAACACACAGACAACCGUUCAAUUGCCGCAGAAUCGUUCACGAUUCCACGACGUCCAUGUUCGCCUAAGUGCUCCUAACCACUGGACAUUAUUAAUAUAUAUUGGACAUAGAAGACAAAAAUCAUACAUCAUAAGGAAAAAAUGGACGAAGGAUCUAAGUUUUGGAGUUUUGAGGUUCCAUCUUACAAACAAGAUAAACAAAGUGAAGACGAGACUGUAGAUGAAAUUAAUGUACACGCAGAGCCAUGGUUGCAGGCAUAUUUAGUUGUUACCACCAUCGUAUGUGUUAUUGGCUUUCCUUCAAACUGUGUCAUAAUCUACCUCAUCGCCAAACGGAAACUAUAUCGAGAUUUUGUAUGGUUCCUGCACGCAGCGUUCUAUGUCACUUUGAUUCUUCGCAUAAUAAUGGUUCCCAUAGAGUACCACGCGUCUCGUCAUCCGAGUGGAUUUGCUUAUGAGACAACAGGUUCGUGUAAAGCGUUUCACUUCUUCUACGAGUUUACUGAUGCAAGUUCAAAUCUGAUGCUCUUGGCGGUCGUAUUCAUGAGGCUUUUGACAUUUACACCUCUGCGCCAGAACAUUUUGAAGAACUCUACGAUUUCUGGGACUCUUGUGUGCAUCGCAGUUUUCUUAGUUGCAUUCCUCUCAAUUGUUCCAGUUGUUUCUUAUUUGAACCUAUAUGUAUUCGAUACCAAUGAAAAAGAAGUUCGCUUCUGUCACCCUGAUUACGAUAAAUAUGACGCUUAUAUCCGAUGGAACAAAUUCAAGGUUGGCUGUACUACAUUUCUACCGUUUAUAUUAGGAUUGAUCUGUACUAUCAUUAUGGUAGCCUGUCAAAGUAACUUCUAUCGCCGGUACUGCGGGUCUACAGAUUCGUACCUACGCCAGGUAGAUGGCGCGAACGGACAGAAUAAUCAAAACGAAAUUGGAUCUAUUAACAAGUCGGAUGUGUUUAUGGAAGAUCGUCUGAUGGUUGAUGGAAUUCUCUAUAAGAGAUCCGAGCAGGAAGAAAGAAGGAUAACGAUUCUACACGUCACGUUUAUGGUUAUAUACAUGGUCAUUCUGCUACCGUCUGCCAUCGUUGUAACGAUGGCUGUGCACCACAUUAGCGCCUACACAUCGGACCUUCAUACCGCGAUCAGAAGCACACACGUCGUCUCUAUUACAGUUGGCAUGAUUUAUUCGUUAGCUAGUUUCAUUAUCAUUCCAAUUCAGGUUCAGAUCCAGAUUUCGUCAUCACAUACUUAAGCAUAACAUGAAAUGUGUUUUUUCUGGGCAUGAAUAUGCAUAGGCUUACAUUAUACAUAAAACACAAACCAUAGGAAUAACUAUGUAUAAAAUGGAAUAAUAGAAAAUAAACUUAAAUAAGAAUAAUAAUAAAGCUUAUCUCUAAACCCUUUCGUCCUUAAGUCUAAUACCAGUAAGAAAAAGGUUUUUGUAUACUUAAAUUUAGGCCUAUUUAGGCCUAUCAGAUCUUGUGUCACAGACAGCUAAUCUAGAAUGCAUCUUUCCGCUCAUUUAAUAUUUUGCUAAGGUCCCAGCAAAUGACAGUGUACACGUACAGUACGUAAACACGUACGUUUGUGGAACAAUUGUGGGACAAGCGCGUAUUCCGAGCGUUGUUCUGAUUGGUCAAUUUAAUUGACACCUUCAAAUUUGGGAUUCAUCCUUUAAAUAUAUCGUCAAGAUAUGAUAAAAUGGCGUCAAUGCAUUGUGUAAUGUCUUUGCUGAUUUCGAUUUCAAUUAAAUCUUUUUUUUUGUGAUUAUGUAGUUUUAUCAACUGUCAAUAAAAAGUAAGUUGUAGGAAGAAUAUUAGCCCUAUUGUGUUAUCGUUUCUGAUUACUCAUGCUUCUAUUUUGUUGUAAUUAAACUACAGAAGACAAACACAUGUUAUCUGUAAACUCGGUAAGACUCAAUCUGUAUUGAUUCGUAUAUAUAAUGAAAGCAGUGAUAACACAACGAUUCCGUCGGUUGUAAAUGAAACUAUAAAACAUAAUCGUUGAUGUAAAUAAAUUUGUGUCGGGCUAUCUAUAGUUUGUAAUUAUGAAAUAUUACCAUGUAUGCCUAUAGCAAACUCCACGGCUAAAGUAUAUAAUGAUGCAAAUAGGCCUAAUGAUUAAUCAAGGAUACUAUGCUGUGAGACUCUAAGUACAAUGUACUCAAACACUGGUCUUUGCUAUAAUUUUCUAAUUUCCUAUAACACCAAAUUAGCAUGUAUUUAGAUGUGUAUAAACUUCUACGCAAUGUGACAAAAUAUUUUUAAAAUAUUUCAUUAGCCGUUUAAUAUUUGUAAAUAACACGCUUCAGUAUGUUUAGAACUAACUAUACUAAACAGUGAUUAAAUCAUUUUGAAUGUUGUUGCUAUUAUGACAGUCACUAAAAACGUGGCAUUAAAAUUUGGCAGGAAUUUAGAAUAGGCGUAUUUACUGUGUAUAUGUUAAUUAAGUUUUUGCUUCAAACAUGGCUAGUAUCUCACUCUGAUAAGACGCGUCUUUAGGUCCUAUGAAUAUAAUGCGUUAAAAUCUUGGACCAUAAAGUAUAAUAAGUGAGAAUUUAUUCUUAAAGUAUUGGCUCGACCUAAUAACGUCAUUAUAGUAAAGUUUAGAUGUAAGAAUUACCUACACUUUAUCUGUAUAUUCAUUAUGAGUUUUGAGGAUUAAUAAAAGUGUUUGUGUUACCUAUUAA